AUGCCUUUGACUCAAAAACCAAUUUCUUUUAAAGUUAACGCCGCCUUAUUCGAUGUCGACGGUACCAUCAUCAUUUCUCAAGGUGCCAUUGCUGCCUUCUGGAGAGAUUUCGGUAAGGACAAACCAUACUUCGAUGCCGAACAUGUCAUCCAAAUCUCCCACGGUUGGAGAACUUACGAUGCCAUUGCUAAGUUUGCCCCAGAUUUCGCCAAUGAAGAUUACGUUACCAAGUUGGAAGGUGAAAUCCCAGACAAGUACGGUGAAUUCUCUGUUGAAGUUCCAGGUGCUGUCAAGUUGUGUAACGAAUUGAACAAAUUGCCAAAGGAAAAAUGGGCUGUUGCCACCUCUGGUACCAGAGACAUGGCUCAAAAAUGGUUCAAAGUUUUGAACAUCAAGAGACCAUCCAACUUCAUCACUGCUAAUGACGUUAAGAACGGUAAGCCACAUCCAGAACCAUACUUGAAGGGUAGAAACGGUUUGGGUUUCCCAAUCAACGAACAAGACCCAUCCAAAUCCAAGGCCUGUGUCUUUGAAGAUGCUCCAGCUGGUAUCGUUGCCGGUAAGGCUGCUGGUUGUAAGAUUGUUGGUAUCGCCACCACUUUCGACAAGGACUUCUUGAUCGAAAAGGGUUGUGACAUCAUCGUCAAGAACCACGAAUCCAUCAAGGUUGGCGGUUACGACCCAGUCACCGAUGAAGUCGAAUUCAUCUUCGAAGACUACUUAUACGCUAAGGACGACUUAUUGAAAUGGUAA